CACUCCCCCCGCCCGGGUCCAUCCUUCAAGAAGGGGAGCAGCCUGUCGCAGCUCAAACGUGGAGGGAAGGACACGGAGCGGGACGCCAGCCGCUGCUCCAUUGUUACAACUGUGUGUUUUUACGGCUCCUUCGACAUAUUUGAGUGCGUUUUGGGUCCGUGUUGGAGGGACUAGUUUGUGUCUCCUGGAGUCGGCGGUUGAAAGGACAUUCAAGUGAACUGGACCAAGACACGUGUGUAACGCCCGGAAGUAUUUGGCAAAAGUAGAAACAUCAUCAUUUGUACUCUAGGAGGGAAUGAAACCGGAUGGGGUUAACAUGGAAACCACAGAGCCCACUGAAGCUGCAGCAGUAGCUGAGUCCUCCUCCUCUCUAGCCAACAUAACUGAGCAAGCUCCAUCGCAGCCAGAGGAAGCUACAAAUGAUGCACCACCCCAGGCUGUGGCUAAAGUCAGCGGAAAGCCAGUGGCAGCAAACCCUAAAGUCAACCCCAGAACAAAACAUCCCACAUCCAAGAACGAAGGGGCAUCGACAUCCACCUCGCGACCUGGUACAGCCUCACAUCGCACUGUGAAUGAUAUCAAAUCUGUUAAUAAUGCAUCUGCAAAGACAACUGCAGUCAAGAAAACAACAGCCACAACAAAAACGGCAUCAGCUUCAACAUCAGGAGCUAUACCUAGAAGACCAGUGGGCACGGCAGCAGCCGUGCCCUCUGCACCCAGAAACCAAACCAAGGUGCCCAACAAGAAGCCUGUUGGACCUGCCAGGACUACCUCUGCUGCUGCUACCACAGCAACAAAUGGUACCAGAUCAACAACAGUGAACGGCGCGGCUACAAAGACUGUUAAUGUAGCAAGACCCAAACCUGCAGCUACAACCAGCAGGCCAGCAGUAUCCACUGGCCCAAAAUCAGGCACUUCCACAGCAGCAAAAGCAGAUGGUGCAGCUGUUUUAAAGACCACCAGGCCUGCCACAGCUCCCUCAACAUCUCGGCUUGCUACGAGGCCCACCACAACUUCAACUGCAAAAACUGCUGCCUCCAGAAUUACCACAGCACCCUCUACUGGCAAAACCACAGUGGCACAGCCACCCAAAACUCAAGCUGUCAAGAAAGACGUCAACCGACCGCCCACUGCUGCAGUGACCAAGAAGCCAACAGCUUCAAGCUCUGCUGCCUCCAAAAGACCUGAGCCCUCAAAACCCACAGCGGCAGUGAAGCUCAACACUGCUUCUAAAUGGGCUACAACCAAGGCAGCAGAGCCGAAAACAUCACAGUCCAAAUCUCAAGCUGCAAAACCCAGUGGCAUAAACAAACCUGUUGUUGGGCAAUUCCUCGCUCUUAACAAACCACCUAUUGGCCGGACCCCACCUGCUUCUCCAGCCAGCAACAAACCUGUAAACAACACCCCUCAGGCAAAACGUGGACAAAAACCUAUGCAGGCUGUUUCACCUUUCACUGCAAGCAAGAAAACAGCAGUUUCAAAUGCUACAGCACCUGCUACUACUUCAGUAAGUAGCGCUUCAAGUGGUGUUGCUGGUGCAGUGGCAGCAAGGGUGGCAACAGCAGAAGCUGUGCCAGAAACACAAGCAGAAGCUAAUGUAGUUUUACCACAAGGAUCAUCCCUUGCUGCCUCUGUGCCAGAGAAAGCUUCUCCAACAGUCUUGGCUCAGAGCACUCAACCAGAGGUGGUACAAGAAGAGACUGCUGAAAGCCAUGCAGCUGCUCUUUCUCCUCCACAGAGCCCUGUCAGGACAGCCUUACCGCUGCAGGAGCAUCAAGAAAGCAGUGUACAUUCACUACCAACACAGGAGCAGAUUGCUACACCAGCUGAGCCUUCAUUACCACCAGUGGCCUCUCCUCCACAGCCAUCUGAGGAGCCAUUUUACCUGGUAACUGACCAAGCCCCUUCAACAUCUAAAGCUCCCAUAGCAGCAGAGAACAUCAUCCCUCAAAUGGCUCCCUCCACCAAUCUCAAUGAGGAGGAGGAUGAGGAGGAACGGGAAGGAAGUCAGUUGGUUUCUGUGUCAGAGAUGAGUGGGACCACACAGCCCACUGAGGAGUCUCGUCCAGGAUCUGCUGGCCCAGUUGGAGGAUCUGCCUGGAGAGUUGGUGGUGCCCUGCUCUCUGAGCUGGACUCGGAGGAGGUGAGCGUCAGUCAGCAAGGUGCAUCCGAAUUAAGUGCACCUGGUGUCCUGGAGGGGACAGAGAGCAUGGAUGAUCUGGGUGACGGCAGCCUCAAAGGAGCCAUUGACAUGGAAGGAGCCUCUGCAGGAUCACCUGACUUUGAGAAGGUUCCUGACAUACCAGUUAAUGACUAUGAGGAGGAUGAAGAUGACGAGGAUGAUGAUGACCGGGUGUGUGACAUGGAUGUUGGAUCAGAGCGGACGGAUGAACCACAGAGAACUAGAGAUGACAAUGAUGUGGAUGAUGAUGAUGAAGAUGUGGAGAUGGCUAGUGAGGGUGUGACGGAAAGUGGCUUGGAAAGCUACGGAAAUGCUGAUGAAGAUGACUUUGCUGAAGAUGAAAGACUGGACAACUUGAACAGAGUGGCCCAGCCACCCCCUCCGCCUCCUCAGCUGCCCUCAGCCCCAGCUGCUCAGUGGGACCAGCCCAAUCCAUUUGCUGAUCCCUGGGCAGAACCUCCCCAGCCUCUACAGGUACUAGAUCAACAUGCCUCUGAACCCAGACAUGUGGCUGGAGCAGCUGCAGCAAGUCCUCUGGCAGACCCCUGGCAAGCAGACUCAGAGACCCCGACUCAUUCUCCAGCACAGGCCUGGCUGGAACUGGGCUCUGCGCCUUUUGUUCCUGAAAACCAAGAAGCUCCCCAACCUUCCUCAGAUAAAGAUCAUCUACAAAGUCUAGAGGCUCAGAUGUAUAUGGAGCAGCCUGGUCCAGCUUCGGUUCAGCAAACCACAACUGUAGCCCCCCCGUCUGCCCCCGGGAUGUCGCUGUCAAGCACACUGAGCAGUGAGACGAGCACUCCUGAGGAACUAAAUGAUAACAGUCGAGAUGGGAACCUCCAGCCCCAGGAUGUCCAAGCUCCUCAGCUCUCUCCCAAACUUGAUGUAGACCACCAGAACCUGGACCGGGAGAUAGAGGAUGAUGCCGAGGCAGAGACCUUGCCUGCUGAUGAGAUCGUCGGAGGCCCUGCAACUGCCCCCACGUCGAACCCCACUUCGUCCUCUGUAACAGAAGAUGAGGCCAGUGACACAGAGGGGGAAGCUCAGCUGGAAGACUCCUUGGAGAGUCCAGGUGUCAGCAAUAUUGUCUUUGACAUCCAGCCUUCUGCCAAACGCUGCCUGUCUACUGUAGAAGAAGGUUUAGAGAUGGAGGAGGGGGAGAGCGGUGUAGCUGAAGACACUACUCCACCUUCAGCUACCUCGCAGGCAUCUUACGGUUUUGACACAAUGACCACAGCAUCAAACUCCAAUGCCCAGUCAACAGGGGAGAGCUGCAUCAAAAGCCCUGGAAUCUUCUCACUGGAGGAGCUGCCCGAAGAGGCCAAGGAGUCUGGGCUCCUCCAGCAGCCUCUCACUCAGCCAUGCCAGGAAGAGCAGCAGUAUAUUGAAUGUGGGAAACGGGAAGAAGACUCUGCUGAGCAUUCUGGAGAGAAGGUGCCAGAGUCGGAGGAAGCCAUAGAUCCUUCAUCAGUGCUUGUCACUUUGCAGCAAGCAGAGGAAAACCCAGAUGAUGUCCAGCCUCCAUACUAUUCUGGUAUCUGUGAAAAGACUGAGAACUCUUUUGCAGGCUUCACUGACCUACCACACCCGCACCGCCGCGAGCACUCUGCGUAUCCCAGAUCCUACUGUGACAUCGUUAAACCUCUAUAUGCUGCAGUCACCCCGCCGAAGUUGACCUGUGCCGACCUCCCACCCAGGAGCCCCGGGCAACAGGCGCUCAGUCCACAGCUUCGCAGGCUAGAGCAACACCAGAGACAGCUGCAGGAGAUGCAGCAGCGCCGGGAACAACAGAACAGACCACUGGAGGAGGCUGAACAAGAGAGAAAGAGGAGGCAGGAGGAGGAGCAGAGGAAGAAAAAAGAGGAAGCUGAAGAGGAAAUAAAAAGGAAUAAGGAGGAGGACAGGAAGGUGCAAGAGCAAGCUGAGGUGGCACAGAAAGAAGAGGAGGAGCUGAAGCAGAGAAGAGACCUGGAACUGCAGCUGCAUCAGCAACAACAAGAGCUCAAGCAAAGACAGCAGAUCAUGCAGUGGCAACAGGAGCUGCAACAGUCCAGUAAAGGUCAGACAGUGCUGUUGUCUCCCUCCUCUGGUCUCUGCACCAUUUAUGAAGCCCUGGAGAACAGUGAUGAGGAAGAUGCUGAAGGUGAAGAAGAGGAGGGGAUUAAAGAGCUUAAGCCUGUCAAACAGAAAAAGCAACUCAGACAUGAGAUGUCAGAUCAAGAACUGGACACAAACUGUGAAAGGGGAACACCAGAGAAAGACAAGCAUCAAGAGUCCUCACCGUCCGCCCACAUCCCCUCUCCUCUUCCAGACUCCCCACAGACUCCAAGCAACCUAUUCCAAGAUGGAGAUGGUUCAUCUCCAGAGAGGCCUCCACCCCUGGAUCUGGACUGGGGGAAAAAAGUCGACAUAGUCCAUCAGCUGAUCAACCAGACCCUGCUACUGAACGGUGACGGCUGCUCGUCUCUGCUGCUGCUGCCGGGGGGAGCAGGAGGCACACUGAGCCCGCUGGAAAGCAGCCUGUGGCCCAGUCUGCUGCCUCCACUCACCCCUCCCUCUGCCACCGUCACCUCUGUAAGCAGCUUCUCCCCAGAAACCACUGGGAGCUCCCCUCAGGGAGAGUGGACGGUGGUAGAGCUGGAGACGCAUCACUGACGGACAUGAGUGAGUUGGACCUCAUCUAAAAGACAUCUGAGCAGUAACUGUGCUGUCUAUAUAUGCACACAUGGGAUUUUAAAACCGAAACACACAGGGUAAAACACAUGUAGUGGAUGUUUAUUGUAAUAGAUUGUGGCAGCUUUUCAUGAACACACCAUUAAGUUCUUCUUCACUCUGAGAGUGCAGCUGUGCAGAUUGAAGUGGAUAUGUAGUACUGAACAGUAUAAAAAUGCUACAAGAAUGAUGAAUGCCUUCUAAUGGCGAAUACUCAAAGCUAUGGAAGAAAAAUCUAUUCAUCCCAGUGCUAUGAUAGCAGUUGUAAAAUGGUGUCAAUAUAAACUAAAUUUUAAUUCGAAAAGUAUUUCAGAAGUUACAUUCUUAGAUAAAAUUGAACGCUUUGGCAUAUGAAUGUAUUACACUUCUAGUAACACACCAUAUUAUACAACAGUAUUGAUGCACUGCUCAGUCCUUAAUGUAGACCUGUGGGGCUGAAGGUUCAUCUGAGACGGACAGGGAUUUAUAACUGUACUGUAUAGACAAGCACAAAAAAAACAAAAACAGUGUUCGGUGGUGCUGCUGUUGAACAGCUGACUAUUACUUUUAGGACACAGUUGUUUUUUUAAUUGAUGCAAAAACAAAAGGCACUUACUGCCGCUUAGGAAAAGUCUAAAUCAGUGCUGAAACGUACUGCAUUAAGGUAAUGAGACUUAGUUGUCAGUCUAAAUGUACUUGUGUCAAGGCAUUUUUCUUUAAAUCUACAGAAAUCACCCUGUACACAAGAACCGGAUUGUUGGGUUUAAGGUAGUUAGUUAAUUAACCCCCCCCCCCCCCCCCCCCCCAAAUUCACAUGUAGGACAUUUGACCACUGUGUCUUUUGGAAUUUGUAGCUAUGACCCUGCCUGAAAGUCUAUGCUCAGGGCCAGAAAACCUCUGCAGCUGCCAGAAAAGGAACAUGGGUCUGUAAUCUACCUGAUAGAAAUUGAAAGAGGCAAAAGCAGCUCUGCGCCUGUUACCUCACACACUACACCCCUCACGACUGCACACACACACUGACUAGUGGACAACAGUAUUGCACUUUUUGCCCACACUCCUGAAACCAUACUCACAGGACCACAUGAUGCUUCACCGCUGCACACUAACAAAGUGGAAAUGGACACUUUAUCUCAAAAGUCGCUGUUAUACAUAAACACACCAAUUGUGCCAAAUGGUUACCAUCAGUCUGUUGGGAGAUUACGAGGACGGAUAUGGUUCUUUUACUUAAUUUUUCUUAUGUAGCCACUGUUACUGAAGCCAUAAACACACAUCCUCAUAACCUUAUAGCGGCAAAAUAGUGGAGAUGUAGAAUCUGGCAACUGAAAAAUCUAAAUCCAUCUCCACAAAUAUCAAUGAAUGAGACUGCACUUGAAUCAAAAUCUUAAAAUGUAAUGUAUGUGAAUCUUAACUCUACAUACAGAUGCAAAAAUUCUUUCCUCUAAUUUAUUUGAAUUGAUCUGAGGGGAAAGAGAAUAUAACAACCUGAGUAUAACCUUCUCUGUGGAUUUUAGGAGGUGAAAUUACUUACCAAAGGUCGGUUUAAUAAGGAUAUUUUUCCCUUUGAAUCACUGGAGUCAUGCACUGAUGUUUUAGCCUUUAGAUGGGGUUUGCUUAUUAUUUAAUGAGUUAAAUACUGCUGAAGAUGAAUUUUCACAGAGGAAGAUGUGUUUUAUGGUCAACGUCACUGCUGUGGUUGUUUGUAUUGUUUGCACUAUAGCUACGUCAAACAGCCACCUGUAAGCACAAAAAACGUCUACACUGGUCACGUCCAGGACUGUGACGGCAUUAAUGUUGGAACAUGACCGACUCUGGGUCUUAACGGAUACUACUGUGAUGGGCUGGGGUGAGAAGGAUGCUGGGAAGGCUCCAUAUCAGGUUCAUGUGGGUAUUUACUGUGUAUUGUUCAAACUGUGAUGAGCUACGGUACUGAAGUGUGUUUUAAAUGUUUGUGUAUCUGUGCUGUCUGUCAUCAGUUGUUGUGUGCAAGCUGUGUUUUGUCUGUAAGUGUUGUCAAUUUUGUUUUUGUUUUUUUGCUUCAUCAAGUAGCAAUGAGGGAUUUCUCUUAGGCCGGAUUUGGAAGUUUGAUGAAACUCUUUACAUGUACUCAGUGAAUUUUUGAGCCGUUCGUGUCAAGUUCAGUGUUCUCUGGCUUUAAAUAACCAAAAGGUUGAGUCAUGUUUAGUAACUGAACUAAGAGCAGAUGUUUUUUUUAGUGUGAGACGAGCCUGUGAAGCCUCGGCAUCCAGUGCUUUAAUCCUCACUUAACUCUUGAAGACUCGUACUUGCUCUUUGUCACUGUUGAAUCUGGGAAAAGAAACACCCCUUUAUUGUCUCUCCAAUUUUUCCAGCCUUUUAUCAAAGCCUCUAUGUGUAGCAGCUGAAAAACAAGCUUUUAUGUUUGUGUGUGUUUUCAUUCUUGUACCUCGCAGUCAUUACUCACUGUAUUUCACAAAGCUGGACUAUUUACAUGUGCUUUCUUUGUUUCUGUAAGCAAUUAUGUGUAUAUUUUUUUUUAAAGAUUGCUCACUCUUCUGAAGGGAAACUCCACUUUUUGUACUUUAGACAUUUAGAAGCAUAGUUACCCUUUAAGAGUUCUAUAUAGAUUUUUAUUGAAAUAGAGAAUGAAGGAAAUUGGUUGUAAAUGGUAGAUACUAUUCUUUCUUGUAACUAAAAUGCCUUUUUUAUGUCUAGUCACUAGAAUCAAUGAUGCUAAAUGAUUCCAAGGUCAAAGUGAACACAUUAGGCUGAGUAUCUUUCAUAUUGUUAAGG